AUUACAACAAAGCCCAUAAAACCAAAAGAAAAUGAGGAAAUCUCAAUCACUUUUCACCUGUCCAUUUUCUUGGCAGUUGUUCAUAUUCAUAUUCUUAGACUAAUCCUUAUUAAUUUGUUGAUUAAAAUCCAUAAUCACCGCCAAUUGAAACCAACAAUUUCCAGUUGUAUUGGGUAUAUGCCGCGUUUGGUUGAUUCAUUUGUCCCCACAAUAUUUCCAUCGGCAACAAAUCCCAGAGAUUCUUAAAAACCCAAACAACACUUAUAAAUAGAGAGAGAAAAGUACAGAGGAGAGAGAAAGUGACUGGAAAAUGGCGAGCGGAGAAGAAGGUGAAGAGUUGAGUUUGGAGUUUACACCAACUUGGGUUGUUGCGGUUGUUUGUUUCAUUAUUAUCUUCAUUUCUCUCUUUGUUGAACGUUGCAUUCAUUAUGGUGGCAAGUAUUUGAAGAAGAAAAAUCAGAAGCCCCUUUUUGAGGCAUUGCAGAAAGUUAAAGAAGAAUUGAUGCUUUUAGGGUUUAUAUCCCUAAUGCUGACAGUAUUGCAAGGGGCAAUCUCGAAAAUAUGUAUUUCUGAGAAAUAUGUGAAGCAUAUGCUUCCCUGUAGUCUUAAGGAGAAAGAAUCGGCUGCUUUAUCGACAACCGAGCACUUUGGAAGGUUCCGGCGGUUUCUUUCUGAAGCAGCUGGUUCUCAGUCUGCUUAUUGUGCCAGAAAGCAUAAAGUUCCCUUUUUAUCCGUUGAAGGGCUUCAUCAUCUGCAUAUCUUCAUCUUUGUUUUGGCGGUCGUCCAUGUCACUUUCUCUGUCUUGACUGUCGUUUUUGGGGGAGCAAGAAUACGCCAAUGGAAGCGCUGGGAAGACGCUAUUGCUAAGGAAAAUAAUGAUACAGACCACGCUUCAAACCCCACAAAACCUGCAGUCACCCAUGUCCAUGAUCAUGCCUUCAUUCGUGACCAUUUUAUGGGUGUUGGUGAUAAAUCUUCUAUCUUGCGUUGGAUGCAUUCUUUCAUCAAGCAAUUUUUUGGAGCAGUGACAAAAGCAGAUUACAAGACAUUGCGCAUGGGUUUCAUUAUGACUCAUUGCAAAGGAAAUCUCAAGUUUAAUUUUCACAAGUACAUGAUUCGCGCGCUGGAAGAUGAUUUUAAGCGGGUUGUUGGUAUAAGCUGGUAUCUUUGGGUAUUCGUGAUCAUCUUCUUGUUGCUGAAUGUUGACGGUUGGCAUACGUACUUCUGGAUUGCGUUUAUUCCUUUCAUUCUUCUCCUUGCCGUGGGUACAAAACUGGAGCAUGUAAUCACCGAACUUGCUCAUGAAGUUGCUGAAAAACAUGUUGCCAUAGAAGGAGACCUGGUGGUUAAGCCUUCUGAUGAACAUUUCUGGUUCAGUCGGCCUCAGAUCACCCUAUUCUUGAUCCACUUCAUCCUAUUCCAAAAUGCAUUUGAGAUAGCAUAUUUCUUUUGGAUUUGGGUGCAAUAUGGUUUCGACUCUUGUAUAAUGGGUCAAGUGCGCUAUAUUGUGCCACGGCUCAUCAUAGGUGUUAUCAUCCAGGUUCUGUGUAGUUACAGCACUCUGCCUCUUUAUGCGAUUGUUACCCAGAUGGGAAGCAACUUCAAGAAGGCGAUAUUUGAUGAGCAUGUACAAGCCAACAUCCUAGGAUGGCGAGACAAGGCAAAGAAGAAGAAAGGAUUGAAAGGUUCAGCUAACGGUGGUUCCACAACCGGCGGGACACCCACCGAGGGUUCUACUACGAGAAUUCAGAUGGCGAGACUUGUUCAGAAGACGAAAGAAGGAAAUGAGAUUCAACCAAGUAACACAUGAGAAAAACAACGGUUGUUACUCGUGUUAAAGUAAAUGGUAAAAAAAUCAAUGGUUAAUGAAAAAUGUAAUCUUUUGCAACGCGUAUUUGGAGACGUGGACCGGUAAAUACAUAUUCCGUAUUAUAUUGCGAAAUGAGGUGGUCGUUUUAAUGUGUUUUUAUAGGAUGUAGAAAGUCAAGUAGAACGAAAUUGGUAUAUAUUUAUAGGAGUAUAAUAUAACCACUGCAAUUUUGUAUUCCCUGAUCUUGGUGGAUGAGAGUAGUAUGGUACAUUUCACUACCCUGAAGAAAUUUGCAGUUGUAAAGAGUUGUAUGUUUUCUCCAUUAAAUUCAUGUAUUUGUGCAUGACAAAUUAAAUAGCUAUUAAAUUUCAAAGUUCUUAUCUAAAA